AAUUUUUGAAGACUGUAUUCAUGGUUUACUGCUACCUCCAGCCAUGGGCCUUUUGAGAAUAUUUUGUUUUUUAAUCUUCCUAUGGAAAAUUUGGGGACAGGAACAAAUAUACGUCAUUUCAGCACCAAAAGUAUUCCAUGUUGGAGCAUCUGAAAACAUUGUAAUUCAGGUUUAUGGAUACACAGAAGCAUUUGAUGCUGCCAUCUCCAUUAAAAGUUAUCCUGAUAAAAAAUUUACUUAUUCUUCAGGCUAUGUUAGUUUAUCCUCAGAAAAUAAAUUCCAAAAUUCUGCAAUCUUAAUGAUACAACCAAAACAAUUGGCUGGAGGACAAAACCUAGUUUCAUAUGUGUAUUUGGAAGUUGUAUCGAGACAUUUUUCAAAAUCACAAAAAAUGCCGAUAACCUAUGACAAUGGAUUUCUAUUCAUUCAUACAGACAAACCUGUUUACACUCCACAUCAGUCAGUAAAGGUUAGAGUUUAUUCGUUGAAUGAUGACUUGAAGCCAGCCAAAAGAGAUACUGUUUUAACUUUCAUAGAUCCCAAAGGAACAGAAGUUGACAUGGUAGAAGAAAAUGAUUAUACUGGAAUUAUAUCUUUUCCUGACUUCAAUAUUCCAUCUAAUCCUGAAUACGGUGUGUGGACAAUUCGAGCUAAAUAUAAAGAGGACUUUUCAACAACCGGAACCACAUAUUUUGAAAUUAAAGAAUAUGUUUUGCCACAUUUCACUGUCUCAAUAGAACCAGAAAGCAAUUUCAUUAGUUAUAAGAACUUUAAGAAUUUUGAAAUUACCAUAAAAGCAAGAUAUUCUUAUAAUGAAGUAGUCACUGAGGCUGGCAUUUAUGUCACUUUUGGAAUAAGAGAAGACUUACAAGAUUAUCAGAAAGAAAUGAUGAGAAAAGCAAUGCGAAACACAACGUUGAUAAAUGGAGUUGCUCAAGUCACAUUUGAUUCUGAAAUGGCAAUUAAAGAACUAUCCUAUGACAGUCUAGAAGAUGUAAACAACAAGUACCUUUACAUUGCUGUGACAGUCACAGAAUCUACAGGUGGAUUUUCUGAAGAGGCAGAAGUACCUGGCAUCAAGUAUGUGCUCUCUCCCUACAAACUGAAUUUGAUUGCUACUCCUCUUUUCCUGAAGCCUGGGAUUCCAUAUUCCAUCAAGGUGCAGGUUAAGGAUCAACUUGACCAGUUGGUAGGAGGGGUCCCAGUAACUCUGAAUUCACAGACAGUCAGCGGAAACCAAGAAACAUCAGACUUGGAACCAAAGCAAAGUAUGACAAGUCUCAGUGAUGGAGUAGCUUCGUUUGUGGUUAAUCUCCCAUCUGAAGUGGCGAUGCUGGAGUUUCAUGUCAAAACUGAUGCCCCAGAUCUUCCAGAAGAAAAUCAGGCCAGCAAAGUUUACCAAGCAGUAGCAUACUCAUCUCUCAGCCAAAGUUACCUUUAUAUUGAUUGGACUGAAAACCAUAAAACUUUGCUUGUGGGAGAACAUCUGAAUAUUAUGGUUACAGCCAAAAGUCCAUAUAUUGACAAAAUAAAUCACUAUAAUUACUUGAUCUUAUCCAAGGGCAAAAUCAUACACUUCGGCACAAGGGAGAAGCUUCCAGAUUCAUCUUAUCAAAGUAUCAACAUUCCAGUGACACAGAUCAUGGUUCCUUCAGCCCGUCUCCUGGUCUAUUACAUUGUCACAGGGGAGCAGACAGCAGAAUUAGUGUCCGACUCAGUCUGGUUAAACAUUGAAGAGAAGUGUGGCAACCAGCUCCAGGUUCACCUGUCUCCAAAUGCAGAUGCAUAUUCUCCAGGCCAGACUGUGUCUCUAACUAUGGCGAGUGAGAUGGAUUCAUGGGUGGCAUUAGCUGCAGUAGACAGUGCUGUGUAUGGAGUCCAAAGAAAAACCAAAAAGUCCAUGGAAAGAGUAUUUCAAGUUUUAGAGAAGAAUGAUCUGGGAUGUGGGGCAGGUGGUGGCCGCAACAAUGCAGAUGUGUUCCAUCUAGUUGGACUCACCUUCCUCACAAACGCAAAUGCAGAUGACUCCCAAGGAAAUGAUGAACCUUGUAAAAAAAUUCAUAGGCCAAGAAGAAUGCUGAAACAGAAAAUAGAGGAAGCAGCUGCUAAAUAUAAACAUAAAAUACUAAAGAAAUGUUGUUAUGAUGGAGCCCAGCAUGUUGAUGAAACCUGUGAACAACGAGCUGCGCGGAUUACCAUAGGCCCAAGAUGCCGCACAGCUUUCAGUGAAUGUUGCACCAUUGCAAACCAGGUCCUCACUUACAAAUUUAAGUUGAUGGAAAUUCACCCAGAUGUUUCUCACCGGUAUAAGAAGACCCUGUUACCAGUAAGUAAGCCAGAAAUUCGAAGCUAUUUUCCAGAAAGCUGGUUAUGGGAAGUUCGUCAUGUUCCCGAAAGAAGCCAGCUGCAAUUUAUGCUACCUGAUGUUCUAACUACCUGGGAAAUACAAAGUGUUGGCAUUUCAGAUAAAGGUCUGUGUGUUGCUGAUGUGCUGCAGUUGCAGGUAUCUAAAGACCGCUUCCUGGGCAUAAAUGACAAUGCCACAAGAGUUGAUUAGAAGGGAUGCUUUCUAACAUCAAAAGUCCAGAGAAGUGUGAGGAAAAACUGGAGUCUAUCGACACACCUGGACAGACUUUUGUCAAAACCAUUAUCUGCCUCUGCAGGUCCAACAGACUUUGUCCCAGGCCAUUGUAUGUUUUUCAAGCCCAUUGAAUUCCCCUACAAAUAAUUUACUACCCCCUCUAAAAUCAUCCACACUUCCCCAUCUCCCUUUCUCCUAAGAAAGAGGAUAUGUAGCUAUUUGUAGCCUAUUGUAGGAUGGAGUGUCCUUAUGUGAUUCUCUUCAGUGCACAUAAAUAAAUUUGUAUGUCUUUUAUUCAUCUGUCUUUUGUCAGUUGGUUUUUAGCGAACCUUCAGAGGGCACAGGGAAAGGUUAAUAAUACUGCUUAAGGGGACAAGAAGUGACUAUUGAAGCAAAAAGAAUGAAAAGCUACAAAAUAAUUUCCAAACACGGACAUAGUCCCCUAAUGUCAUUGUCAAUAUAUAAACUUCCUUUUCACUACAACUGAGGAUCAUUUUGUAAUAGCAAGGUCUGCUUCAUCAAACCUGACCUUGCACCUAGACCACUACCAACUGACCUCUGGUACUUUUCCUUCCAUUU